ACCAUCACGGACAGCUGUAAUGUGGGCCUCGCUCCUCCAAUAUAAUCCCAUAAUAUCGUCGGUGACGUCACGUGACUCCCUCAACCAGGCCAGUGACUCUACGGAAGCCGCGAUUCUCGUCGCCGGGACGCAGUUUACGUAGAAUAGAUGUUCUGGCGUAGCAGAGGCCCGGGUGAGAGGAAGUGGCCCCACCGAGGACCGACGAGCCACCACAUCGGAACAGCGAGGGUGACCGGCACUGAGGACACCUGCCGAGCGAGCCCCUUUGAGGCGGGACCGUCACCUGGAGAACAACCGCCAGGGCCGAGGACCCCGUCACAGUUUCCACGCUUCCCAUUGGUGUAGAGGUGAGAGGUCACUGAGUACUCUGUGGAAGGUCUGGCUCCAGCUGAAUGUGGAGCAUCAGGAGUUGAUUGAGAGAUAUUUGAUCAUGAAGCCCAGAUUAAGUGUUGUCUGCUUACCCAGGAAGUCUCAGUUAUUACCUUGAACUUCUGAACUGAAGAGGAGGAUGAAAUGAGAUAAGGUGGACAUCUGGAGGAGCCCCUCCCCCCCUCACCCCCACCUCUUUGAAGCAUGGCCGGCCUGCAGCUCGUCACCCCCGCCACGUCCCCCAUGGGGCCUUUCUUUGGGCUGCCUUGGCAGCAGGAGGCCAUCCACGACAACAUCUACACGCCCAGGAAGUAUCAGGUGGAGCUCCUGGAAGCGGCUCUUGAACACAACACCAUCGUCUGCUUGAACACCGGCUCAGGGAAGACCUUCAUCGCAGUCCUCCUCACGAAGGAGCUCUCCCACCAGAUCCGGGGCCGGUACCAGGAGCACGCCAAGAGGACGGUGUUCCUGGUGAACACAGUUGUGUCUGUAGUGCAGCAGGCGGCGGCCAUCAGGACUCACUCUGACCUCCAGGUGGGAGAGUACACGGACGCGGAGGAGGCCUCGGCAUGGACGGACCAGCGCUGGGGUCAGGAGGUCGAGGAGAACCAGGUGCUGGUCAUGACGUGCCACAUAUUCCUGCAUAUUCUGAGGAAUAAGAUCUUACCGUUGUCCAAAGUCAACCUGGUGGUGUUUGACGACUGCCACCUGGCCAUCACGGACCACCCGUACUGUGACAUCAUGAAGCUGUUCGAGGGCAGCCCGGGCAGCCCGGGCAGCCCCCGCAUCCUGGGGCUCACGGCCUCCAUCCUCAACGGGAAGUGUGACCCGUCGGAGCUGGAGCACAAGAUCCAGAACCUGGAGAGCAUCUUGAAGAGCAACGCUGAGACCGCCACUGACCUCGUGGUGCUGGACAGGUACGCCGCUCAGCCGCGAGAAGUGGUGCUGGACUGCGGCCCCUUCGUGGACAAGAGCGGCCUCUCCUCCUGCCUGCUGGCCGAGCUGGACGAAGCUCUGCACUUCCUGAGCGACUGCAACGUGUGCGCCGCCAGAGAGGACCGCGACCCCACCUUCAUCUCCAAGCAGGUCCUGGGGGACUGCCGGGCCGUGCUGCAGGUCCUGGGUCCCUGGUGUGCCGACAAGGCCGCGGGCAUCAUGGUGCGGGAGCUCCAGAAGUACAUCAAACACGAGCAGGAGGAGCUCAGCCGCAAGUUCCUGCUCUUCACCGACACCAUCCUGCGCAAGGUGCACGCCCUCUGCGAGGAGCACUUCUCCCCCGCCGCGCUCGACCUCAAGUACGUCACGCCCAAGGUCCUCCGGCUGCUGGAGGUCCUGCACGAGUACAAGCCCUUCGAGCGGCAGCAGUUCGAAAGCGUGGAGUGGUACAACAACCGCAACCAGGACGACUACGUGUCGUGGAGCGACUCGGAGGACGAGGACGAGGACGAGGAGGUGGAGGUGAAGGAGAGGCCCGAGUCCAACUUCCCCUCGCCGUUCACCAACAUCCUGUGCGGCAUCAUCUUCGUGGAGCGGCGCUACACGGCCGUCGUCCUCAACCGCCUGAUCAAAGAGGCCGGGAAGCAGGACCCGGAGCUGGCGUACAUCAGCAGCAACUUCAUCACCGGCCACAGCAUCGGCAAGAACCAGCCCCGCAACAAGCAGAUGGAGGUGGAGUUCAGGAAGCAGGAGGAGGUUCUCCGUAAGUUCCGGGCUCAUGAGACCAACCUGCUGAUCGCCACCAGCAUCGUGGAGGAAGGCGUGGACAUCCCAAAGUGUAACCUGGUGGUGCGCUUCGACCUGCCCACGGAGUACCGGUCCUACGUCCAGUCCAAAGGCCGAGCCCGAGCUCCCGUCUCCAACUACAUCAUGCUGGCCGACAGCGAGGGGACCAGGACCUUCGAGGACGACCUCAGCACCUACAAGGCCAUCGAGAAGAUCUUAAGGAACAAGUGCUCCAAGUCGGUGGAGGUGGGCGAGUUUGAAGUGGAGCAGGUGCUGGACGACGACAACAUCCUGCCGCCCUACGUGCUCCAGUCUGUGGACGGAGGCCCGCGGGUCACCGUCAACACGGCCAUCGGACACAUCAACCGGUACUGCGCCCGGCUGCCCAGUGACCCGUUCACUCACCUGGCGCCCAAGUGUAGAACCGCUGAGAGGCCGGGCGGCCGCUUCCAGUCCACCCUCUACCUCCCCAUCAACUCCCCUCUGCGGGUUCCUCUCAAGGGGCCCAUCAUGAACUGUGCCAGGCUGGCAGAGAAGGCGGUGGCCCUGCUGUGUUGUGAGAAACUCCACAAAAUAGGUGAGCUGGAUGAUCACCUCAUGCCGGUGGGCAAGGAGACGGUGAAGUAUGAGGAGGAGCUGGACCUCCACGAUGAGGAGGAGACCAGCGUACCGGGCCGGCCCGGCUCCACCAAGAGGAGGCAGUGCUACCCGAAAGCCAUCCCAGAGUGUCUGCGUGACAGUUACGCCGUACCAGAGCAGACGUACUACCUGUAUGUGAUCGGGAUGGUCCUCACCACGCCGCUCCCCGAUGAACUCAACUUCCGCAGGAGGAGGCUCUACCCACCGGAGGACACCACCAGGUGCUUCGGCAUCCUGACCGCCAAGCCCAUACCUCGGAUCCCCCACUUCCCGGUGUACACCCGCUCGGGCGAGGUGACCAUCUCCAUCGAGCUGCAGAAGUCCGGCUUCGCGCUCGCCGCCGUGCAGCUGGACCUCAUCACGCGCCUGCACCAGUACAUCUUCUCCCACAUCCUCCGCCUGGAGAAGCCGGCGCUGGAGUUCAAGCCCACGCUGGCCGACUCGGCGUACUGCGUCCUGCCUCUGAAUGUCGUCGGGGACUCCCACACUCUAGAUAUGGACUUCAUGUUCAUGGAGGACAUCGAGAGGUCCGAGGCCCGCACCGGCAUCCCCGUCACCCAGUACACCAAGCAGGACCCCUUCACCUUCAAGCUGGAGGACUACCAGGACGCGGUCAUCAUCCCAAGGUAUCGGAACUUUGACCAGCCUCACCGCUUCUACGUCGCCGACGUGUACACGGACCUGACGCCGCUCAGUAAGUUCCCGUCGCCCGAGUACGAGACGUUUGCCGAGUACUACAAAACCAAGUACAACCUGGACCUGUCCAACCUGAACCAGCCGCUGCUCGACGUGGACCACACCUCCUCCAGACUGAACCUGUUGACGCCGCGCCACCUGAACCAGAAGGGCAAAGCUCUGCCGCUCAGCAGCGCCGAGAAGAGGAAGGCCAAGUGGGAGAGUCUGCAGAACAAGCAGAUCCUGGUCCCGGAGCUGUGUGCCAUCCACCCCAUCCCGGCCUCCCUGUGGAGGAAGGCGGUGUGUCUGCCGAGCAUCCUCUACCGCCUCCACUGCCUCCUGACGGCGGAGGAGCUGCGGGCCCAGACGGCCAGGGAGGCCGGCGUGGGCGCCCAGACCCUGCCCCCCGACUUCAGGUACCCAAACCUAGACUUUGGCUGGAAGAGAGCCAUCGACAGCAAAACCUUCAUCUCCUGUCCCGACUCCGACAGCGAGGACGACGAGGGUCAGUGUUCGCCCCGAGAGACUGAAAGCCCCGCCCCCCCGUCUCACCCCGCCAGCCCCCACUCCCCCCGGCCCGAGCCCGGGGAAGCCACGCCCACGGGGAACCUCGCCAACGGCACGGCCCUCGUCGAGGAGCACCCUCGGCGGCGUGACGAUUGCCAACGCUCGCAGCCCGCCGCCCCCGGGCCGCAGAGUCCUGGAUCCAUACAAACCACUACCUCGGAGCCUCCGCGGCCCGCGCUCGGCUCCAAGAAGCCCGGUGACGAAUGUGCACCGGGGAGGACCUCGCAACACGCAUGCAACGCUACCUCAGUCUGCGGUCCCGACGCGGCACCGGCUCCUGAUCCGCUCGCCGCCUCUCAGACCGGAGACUCCCCCAAGAGUCUGGGGCCCAACCCGGGCCUCAUCCUGCAGGCCUUGACGCUCUCCAACGCCAGCGACGGCUUCAACCUGGAGCGGCUGGAGAUGCUGGGAGACUCGUUCCUGAAGCACGCCAUCACCACGUACCUGUUCUGCACCUACCCCGACGCCCACGAGGGCCGGCUCAGCUACAUGCGCAGCAAGAAGGUGAGCAACUGUAACCUGUACCGCCUGGGGAAGAAGAAGGGGCUCCCCAGCAGGAUGGUGGUGUCCAUCUUUGACCCCCCCGUGAACUGGCUGCCCCCCGGCUACGUGGUCAACCAGGACCAGAGCACCACGGACCAGCUGGACGAGGAGGCCAAGGAGGAGCUCCUGGCCAACGGGCAGCUUGAGCGUGACUCUGAGGUGGAGGAGGUGAAGGAGGAGGUGGAGCAGGAGCUGAUGCUGAAGGACGAGCCAAAGGACGAGGUGAACAUGGAGGAGGACCUGGAGUACUACAAGGAGCACAUCAAGUUCAUCGACAACAUGCUGCUGGGCUCCGGCGCCUUCGGGAAGAAGAUCUCGCUGAGCACCUUCCCGCCCCCCCCGGCCGCGGGCUCCUCCCCCGCGCCGGAGUCUCCGUCCAAGUGGAAGCCCCCCAAGAAGACGCACCACCCCGCGGAGCCGCCGCCCAGCUCGCCCGCGGCGGAGGAGUUUGACUACAGCUCGUGGGACGCCAUGUGCUACCUGGACCCCAGCAAGGCCGGCGAGGAGGACGACUUCGUGGUCGGCUUCUGGAACCCGUCGGAGGAGAACUGCGGCGCCGAGCUGGGCAAGCAGGCCAUCUCCUACGACCUGCACACGGAGCAGUGCAUCGCCGACAAGAGCAUCGCCGACUGCGUGGAGGCUCUGCUGGGCUGCUACCUGACCAGCUGCGGGGAACGAGCCGCGCAGAUGUUCCUCUGCUCGCUGGGCCUCAAGGUGCUGCCGCUGGAGAGAGGCGCCCUGCUGGAGGCCGCCGCCGUGGACCUGUGCUACGGCUGGCUGAAGAUCCCCCCCCGCGGCCUGCUGGACCACCCGGACGCCGAGCGCACGCUCACCCUCCUCAUCUCCGGCUUCGAGAACUUCGAGAGCAAGAUCAACUACACCUUUCAGAACAAGGCCUACCUGCUGCAGGCCUUCACCCACGCCUCCUACCACUACAACACCAUCACAGACUGUUACCAGCGGCUGGAGUUCCUGGGCGACGCGAUCCUCGACUACCUCAUCACGAAGCACCUUUACGAGGACCCGCGGCAGCACUCGCCCGGCGUGCUCACCGACCUGCGCUCGGCGCUCGUCAACAACACCAUCUUCGCCUCUCUGGCCGUCAAGUACGACUACCACAAGUACUUCAAGGCCAUCUCGCCGGAGCUCUUCCACGUCAUCGACGACUUUGUGCAGUUUCAGCUGGAGAAGAACGAGAUGCAGGGCAUGGACUCUGAGCUGCGUCGCUCUGAGGAAGACGAGGAGAAGGAGGAAGACAUCGAGGUGCCCAAGGCCAUGGGGGACAUCUUUGAGUCGCUGGCCGGAGCCAUUUACAUGGACAGCAGCAUGUCCCUGGAGACGGUGUGGCAGGUGUACUACCCCAUGAUGAGGCCGCUGAUAGAGAAGUUCUCUGCCAACGUGCCUCGCUCUCCUGUGAGGGAGCUGCUGGAGAUGGAACCAGAGACGGCCAAGUUCAGCCCUGCAGAGAGGACGUAUGACGGGAAGGUGCGGGUGACGGUGGAGGUCGUCGGGAAAGGCAAGUUCAAGGGCGUCGGCCGCAGCUACCGGAUCGCCAAGUCGGCGGCGGCGCGGCGAGCGCUGCGCAGCCUCAAAGCCAAUCAACCUCAGGUGCAGACCAGCUGAGCUCGCAGCAUUAGCACCUAAAGCUACUGACGCUAACGGAGGGCCCGGCGGCGUCACCGGCGGGGUCACCGGCGGCGUCACCGUGGACAACCAGGAGCAGGACAGAUUUCAUUUUGACUUUUUUCUUCUUCUUUUUUUGCGCAAACACAAUCUUUGCUUUCUGUCUCGGUGCGAUCGCACCAGAGCUUCAUGGACCUCCAGCAGGCCGGGCGCCACGCCCCAUGUCACCACAUGAGGCUCGCCGUUGUUGUUGUUGUGUUUGACGAGCACUGUUUACUCACAAGCUGAGCAGGAAGAACACAGAACUGGAGCAGCUUCAUCCCUUUGGAAUGUUAUUCUGAGUCAUGUUUGCACUUAUUCCACGAGUCAUGCUCCUCCGGCAUGACACCUUGACACCUAUGCGAAGCACACUACAUACACGCACAUAUAUAUAUAUAUAUAUAUAUAUGAAGAGCUCCUUGCUCCUGGUUCCCGUAUCCUCACCACAAACCCCAACAUUCCCAGUUACUGUAAAGUAGUUCAAACCUCAUGUUCUGGACCCACCAUGUUCUGGGUCUUCAGGGAGGCGUGUGGGAGGCUUCAACACGCCUCCCACACGCCUCCCACACGCCUCCCUCUUCUCCGUGUGGGAGGCGUGUGUUUUAGGCCGUUCUGCGGAGCUAUUAAUAAUUAAUUUGAGCUCUCAUCCCGUUGCUACCAAAGCUGUAACCGUGGUAACGCAGGAGGAGGCCAUCCUUUGAGGGUUCUCUGCUUCUGGCCCGAUGGCUCUGGGUACCGUCGUCAGGCAGAGCUCCACUUGAAUACCUCAGUCCUCUGUCCUCAGUCCUCUGUCCUCAGUCCUCUGUCCUCUGUCCUCAGUCCUCAGUCCUCUCUCCUCUCUCCUCUGUCCUCAGUCCUCUCUCCUCUGUCCUCAGUCCUCUCUCCUCUGUCCUCUCUCCUCAGUCCUCUCUCCUCAGUCCUCUCUCCUCUGUCCUCAGUCCUCUCUCCUCUCUCCUCUGUCCUCUCUCCUCUGUCCUAUCUCCUCUCCUCGGUCCAUCGCAUGCGUCUGUUUUCUUGUCUUUGUGUAUUUUUUGGUGCUAUGUUUUUUAUUGAGUUUCUCCUCUUUCUGUUUGCACUGUGACUUUAAUACCUCUUUAUCUUUAUGUGACUUCUCGUUUCGUGAAUCUGUUUCGGUUCAGAAGAGCGUCUCGCUCGCCCGGCCUGGGGGGCGCCGCGUGUUCACGAGCCGGUGGUUCUGACCCGGUAGUUCUGACCCGGCGCUCGUGAGACGGUCAGAUUGCACUCGUGCGGCAGAGGAGACGCUCGACCCGUACCGACCCGUACAUCAUAAACUGUGUGAAUAUGAACCAACAGCUGCUUCUACCUCAAGAGACCAGACGUCCAGCGCCGCCCGGUGGUGGGAGGGGGUACUGCAAGAACACAGAGGAGUCGGACCUUCACGAGUUUAAGGCAGAUUAAUGUACAUCAUCCUGAACAUGUAUCUAGCAUGGUGACGUCACCCCCCCCCCCAUGUUUUAUUUUACUGGCUGUGUGUUUUUUUAAAUAUUUGUAAAUGUAGCACAAUGGAGCGUUGCACUUGGGCGCCAAACGUUACCUCAUGUCAGAGUGAAGGGAGUCAAAGAUGGGGGGGGGGGGGGGACGCCAUAAUGUGAGGAGGACUAACUCGGCCAUCAGGGCCCUGGUCCUCUGGGUCUGGAUUACAGCCCCCAUCAGGGCCCUGGGCCUGUGCUUGUGGCCCCUGGCUGUAGUGGGUCACAUGACCAUGUCACAUGCUCUCAGUCGGGGCCGCUUGAUUCCAGACGCCACAAAGCUUUGACUUCUCUGAUUGAUUACUGAUCAGGUGGGAUGUCACACCCAGGAACCACAAGAGGAACCUCAAGAGGAACCACAAGAGGAACCCUCAUUUCCAGCAGCAGUGGUGCUUUGAGGUCAAGUGUGUGUGGGGGGGGGUUAUGAACUGUGAUCAGAAGGUGGAGGUAAGCUCCUCCUCCCUCGUACACCUGGUUUGCAGUCAGCACCUUAUCAUAAAUACCUUGACUUAUGUUUGUAAUAAUUGUAGCCUCGUAUAUCUACAAUAAAGUACUGGUCUGGUCACAUGG